CUUUCCACUUCCUGCCCGAACAGUUCAGUUCAGGAAGAAGAAAUAAUGGCGACGCUUAUGGGGUCCGAGUCCCCCUGUACAGGAGAAAAGCGAAGAAACUGCAACGGCAAUAUCGUCACAAAGUUCACGGCUAGUAAAAUUACUGGCCGGGGUUUCAGUCGAGGGACGCAGCUCCCAGGAGGCCUGCUCCAGGAAAGAGAUAAACGGGCCAAGUGGCAUGGCAUCCCUACUGUGCUGCAGAGGCUCCACGAGAGCAGCCAUCCCAACAGUGACCUCUCCCAGGCCCACAGCUUUCUUAAGGUAUUAUCAUCCCAGCUCUCCAUGGAAGCCAUGUCUUUUGUUACGGAGGACAGGAAAACUGCUCAGGAAUCCACCUUUCCCAACACGUACACCUUUGACCUCUUUGGUGGAGUCGAUCUGCUUGUGGAGAUCUUGAUGAGACCCACAUUAACUAUGCAGAAGAAAAAAAACAGUAUGAAUGAUGACUUGGUCAAGGACUGCCUUAGUGUUCUCUACAACUGUUGUAUAUGUACUGAGGGCGUCACAAAGAACCUGGCAGUGAGGGACGACUUUGUUCUGUUUCUCUUCACCCUAAUGACAAACAAGAAGACCUUCCUACAGACUGCUACCCUGAUUGAAGAUAUUCUUGGAGUCAAAAAGGAGAUGAUCCAGUUAGAAGGCAUUCCCAACCUGUCAGGCCUGGUCCAAAGCUUUGACCAACAACAGCUAGCCAACUUCUGCCGCAUUCUAUCUGUCACCAUUUCAGAACCUGAUGUAGGAAACGACGACAAGCACACCCUGUUGGCCAAAAAUGCACAGCAGAAACACAAUGCCAGCCCCUCGCGGGCAGAGGUCAACCAGGUAACCCUGUUGAACAUCCCUGGCUUCAUUGAGCGGCUGUGCAAGCUGGCCACUAGAAAAGUGUCUGAGGCCACCGGAGCGAACUUCCUGCAGGAGCUGGAGGACUGGUACACGUGGCUGGACAAUGCUCUGGUGCUCGAUGCCCUCUUACAGAUGGCUACUGAGGAGGCUGAACAAAGCAGUACAGAGUCAUCAGAUGAGAGUUCCCUGGCCACCAGCCCUCUGAGACAUCGACUGCCCCAGUCCAUGAAGAUCGUCCAUGAGAUCAUGUACAAAGUGGAAGUGCUGUAUGUGCUAUGUGUGCUUCUUAUGGGCCGACAGAGGAACCAGGUCCACAAGAUGCUGGCUGAGUUCCGUCUUAUCCCGGGGCUCAAUAACCUGUUUGACAAGCUGAUCUGGAGGAAAUACACUGCCUCGAAUCAUGUGGUCCAUGGCCAGAAUGAGAACUGCGACUGUAGUCCGGAAAUAUCCUUUAAAAUCCAGUUCUUGAGACUACUUCAGAGUUUCAGUGAUCACCAUGAGAACAAAUACCUCCUGCUGAAUAGCCAGGAGCUGAAUGAACUGAGUGCCAUAUCCAUGAAGGCUAACAUCCCUGAGGUGGAAGCACUGGUCAAUACAGACCGAAGCCUAGUGUGUGACGGGAAGAAGGGCCUCCUCACACGCCUCCUCACUGUCAUGAAGAGGGAGCCUCCAGACUCGUCAUUCAGGUUCUGGCAGGCAAGGGCAGUGGAAAGUUUUCUCAGAGGAGCCACCUCCUAUGCAGACCAAAUGUUCCUCCUGAAGAGAGGACUACUAGAGCACAUCCUGUUUUGCAUCAUAGACAGUGGCUGUACAUCUCGAGACGUCCUACAGAGCUACUUUGAUCUGCUUGGAGAGCUCAUGAAGUUUAACAUUGAUGCCUUCAAAAGAUUCAACAAAUAUGUCAACACCCCAGAGAAGUUUCAGAUCUUCCUGACGCAGAUCAACAGUUCUCUGGUGGACUCUAACAUGCUGGUGCGCUGCAUCGUCCUUUCAUUGGACCGCUUCGAGAGCCAGACUGAAGAUGUCAAAGUGGUGGAGGUGCUUUCUGAAUGCUGCCUGCUGUCCUACAUGGCCAGAGUUGAGAACAGGCUGUCCUUCCUCUUUCGACUAAUCAACAUCAUCAACGUACAGACGCUCACACAGGAGAAUGUGAGCUGUUUAAACACCAGUUUGGUGGUUUUGAUGUUGGCCAGAAGAAAGGCGAAACUGCCCUUUUACCUCAACGCCCUGCGGGAGAAGGAGUAUGCUGAGAGGUACCCGGGCUGCCUGCUCAACAACUUCCACAACCUACUGCGCUUCUGGCAGCGCCACUACCUCAACAAGGACAAAGAUAGCACUUGUCUGGAGAACAGCUCCUGCAUUCCCUUCAGCUACUGGAAGGAGACGGUGUCGGUGCUGCUGGGCUCAGACAGGACUUCUCUGUGUGCCAUAGCGAGCUACAUUGAUGAGCCCUACAUGGAUCUGGACAAAGACCUGCUGGAAGAUUAAUCUCCAGUGUGUGCACUCAGUGCGCCAGGGGCGGUGGGACGGGGCAGACGGUCACAGGGAGCAUGGACACCUAAAUGGUGAUGACUCUGCUGAGCUGAGCCAUCCGAGCGCUUUGUGACUGCGUUCUGGAUGCAAAGACUCGCCUGUUUUCUGUCUGUACCUUCGCAUUGAGGCCGUCAUCACAGAUGUGAUGGGGACGUAAUUUGCCUGACUGUCAUCUUCUCACUAAAUUACCGACCUCUUCUUCAAAGGAGGAGGAGGAAACCUGUAUGCCAACCCCAGAUCGCCCACAUUGUUUAACAGACAAUUAAAGGACCUUGCGAAAUGACACCUGCAUUGGUUAUUUGCUUUAGGUGAUAUUCCAAUAGAGCCUUUUAUAUAACCUAUACAAAAUUCUAUGAAAAAAAUAUGUAUGAUUCAACAAAGUAUAUGUUAGAAAAAAGAGUCUUUUCACAUGGAUUUGGUUUGGAAAUGACCACAGUUUAAACCGUGACCCAGAUGUGCAGGUCAGCGGUGCGUCACAGGGCCUCUCUCCCACUACCGACACACUCUGCUGACUCCAUGCCACUCCACUGCCUGACCCGUGGGGGACGCUGGUGUUAUUAGAGUUUUUGCAGGGGUCUUCUGAAUGAACAGCAUUUUCAUUUAACCUGUCUAUGGGUCUAUUUUAUUAGGUGGCUAUUGUCGAUUGGUGCUUUCUGGCUCUACUCUGCACAUUUAGAUAGCUUGUGGGCCGGCUGACAUGUUUCACAAAUCACAUGGGGCUCGUCUCACCCAAACUCUGUUGUGGCUUCAGAAGCUUCACCCAGGGACUCGUUUCUUUAGCAGGUUAUUUUUGUUGAUUUUCUUUUCGUCUUGUUGAAAACAAUGACUUUUAGCUCUGGUUAAACUGUAGAAUAAAACAUUGCACAGAUUAAAUUGUUUUUAUUGUUUAUUAUAUUUUACCACAUUUUGUUGAUUUUUAAAUACAUUUUCAUUUUGUAACAUAAUUUGUAUCCAUGUUGUAAGAGAUGCUUUGGGAAGAGAAUAAACUAUGCAGGCGUUAGUGUUAAAAUACCACUUUCAUUGUUCCAGUCCACACAGAGUUUAUAUGAAUUAGCCUUCUGCCACUUUCUCUGGUCUCUCAAAAUCUUUGACUACAAGCUGAGAAUGACAAUCUUUCUAUGUGAUGGCUCUUUUUUGCAUGGCACCACUUAAUCUUAAGCCUGGAUAAAGAUGAAGCAGUGGGCACGGCUAUGUUGAUGUGUUCACGGCCUGAAUGUGCAGCUGUUUUUAUGGAAAACGGAAGAUGCUGCAGAGCUGAUUUGGUGUCUCAAAUUAAACAGACCCAUCCUGAGAUAAGUACAAAUGGAUGAGCUACCUCAUAUUUUAUCCUGACAACCGUACAGAUCAAACCACUUCUAAUGACUAGUGUACAGUUUUAUUCUGAGCAUGUCAUGAGUCAUAAUAAAUGUUCAUGUGAAUGUAUAAGGGCAUUUCUACAGUUGAUGCCAUGAGUUGCUAGUGCUAUGCCGCCUUGGGAUGCAAACACAGACGUCCUUUACACUUUGAAAGCCUUUUAUUUGCUUUAAAGCUAAUUAACCAGAAAUGUUUCCUUUUUUCCUAGCUUUCAUUCAGCAUGUCUUAAAUCUCUUGAUUGGUGCACAUACUUUGAAUUAGUUCAUCUUUUGUGCUUUGCAGUGAAGUUGAUACAAGUACACUUUACAAGUGCUUCUCCGUUGCAAAUUCUCAAGUUUCUUUGCUGGAUGCCCGAGAUAAAUGCUAUGAUUUCUUGAUGACAUGAUGUGAUUUGACACAGGGUACUUCUGCAGUGGUGUUACAUCAUUAAUGCUGAUCAUGUUAUCAUUGAUCCGAACCCCCUCUUCUCACUGGUCAUUCACCAUGGAAGUCAAUGAGGCUACUGGUAUAAAAACAUGAAUGUUGUGACCGCUCUUCUGGAGCAACAAUAUAAACAAUCUCUGAACCCUGACUUCUGUAGCUUUGAUCUGAAUUUCAGAGAGUUAUCCCUCUGUUUGAUGCACAAGAGAAUUGGUUCUCAACACAUAAUGCUGUAUGUGGCGUGAUCUGCUCCUAGUAGGCCUUAGAUUUCAUUCAUUAGUUUGUAUGUGAAAUGUUAUCCCCUUGGCCAAGAACAUGCUGCACAGUGUUAAACAUAACACUAUUUGGAUUAUUUUUUUUUUUUAAUGGAGAUUUAUGUAAUUUCUGGCAUGAGGAGGAUAUUUGACACAUUUUGCAUCAGGUCCUAAACUCUCACUACUCGGACCGUGUGGAACUUAUUUGAUCAAAUAUGAUUGUAUCUCGCUCACCAUCAUAGAUCUAUAGUGUUUGUUGACCUUUAAGAGAUGCGGACAGUGGAUAAUAUUCAUGGUGUAAAAUCUAAAUCAUUCAUUUUAGUUAACCUGUUUUUUUCAUGUGUUGGCAUUUGAAGAAUGCAUAAAAUCUCCACACUGUUAAAUCCACCUCUGCACCCUUCAGUCUCAAUCUUUCUAACCCUGUUUGACCAUCAAACAGACUAUAACUACUUCUGUAACCAACUUUCACCCACAUGUUCCUCCUCUAAUGCUGACAUUGAACUUCAUUUUCCUUAUUUAACAGCUGUUUGUCAAAUUAAUAAUAUAAUAAAUUCUUCUUUAGACCUU